AUGAUUAACCCACUGCAAAAAGUAUUAUAUGGAGAAGCUUGUGCAUUGUGGGGCCCAAAUAUAGAGGAAGACUCACUCUGUUUUCUUUUUCCAGAGCUGGUUAACUAUAUCCCUCAUCUCACUUCUGAGGAAAUGGGAGGGAAGAUCACGGCCUCCACUUUUGUUCUAGAGCAGCCGCGCUGUGUUUUCAACGAGUCUGUCGUUAAUAUGAUCUGGCUGGUUGUGGCCCUCAGCAAAGAUGUGGAUAAAUUCGUCAAUCCUAAAGCCCCUGAGGGGCUGCCUUACCAAUCUUUUGAGAAGAAUUCUUAUUACAUGACUUUGAACACCACAACAUCGAACUAUCCCUGCCCAGAAAAAAGCGAUCAAAUUACUGUCCUGCGUGUGGGGAGUGAAACAGCGUGUGUUCUGGAUCAUUCGCGGCCAGAUUGUAAUGGUCCCCUCCCAGGCCCAGGGCCAUACAGGGUCAAGUUCCUGGUGAUGAAUUCAACAGAUGUCAUAAUGGAAUCGAAAUGGUCCAAUCCCAUCACACUGAUUCAAGGGAGAAAUCCUAACAGCAUUGUUGUGGGGCCCAAACAACGGAGAACUGGGACGAUCAUCAUUGCCACCAUCCUCUCCAUCCUCUUUGCCAUUCUCCUGGCUGCACUCAUUGCCGCCUUGAUCUAUAAAUAUUCCAGCAUUUGUGACACUGCCAAUAUUGCGAGAGUGCAGGAUCCGACAAUAGUACGCUAUACCACUCAUCAUAUACAUGAUCAGUCGUCCUACAAGUUAUGAGCGGCUACAUUGCUGAGUAUCAGUCAGUGUCUUCCUUCCAUUUUCCUUCCUGCUUCCUGUUUCAUUUAUUAAUUACAAACUUCCAGUCAUGUUUUAUGUUUGAAAAAAGACUGCCAGCUCUCAUU